AUGUACGCUUGGGCGCGGCCGAAACGCAAUACUUCGGCGGAGGACGUCGACAAGGGUCAACGAUAUGCAGCACGCAGACGAAUUGUGAUCUGGGAGCGACACGAUGGAAUUGAGUCGACAAGGGAUAAGGGCGGCGACACAGCGGGAGCACGCCGCAAAUGGCUUCAGUGUUCUACGGGCAAAGCACGACCGACCGAACGACCUCUGAAUAAGACGUACACCACCACCGAUGACAUCGCCAUCAUGUGGGUUAGUAAUCAAGCAAUAAACUGUUCUUGUAAAAAUCUUGGACCUUACGAGUUC